AUAUUAUCAAUGAAUCUACAGUAAACGACUCACGUGUGUUACAUUUUAUGUAUGACUCUAAAUAGUGUUCUUAUAUAAUUUUCUCAAUAUUGAAUCAGAACCUGUUGUAAUAAAUGGUUGGAUUAAAAAAAAAGCAUUUGUUUGUUACAAAUACUUAUUUUACUUUGUAAUUAUUCUUUAUCUAAGUAAAAUACGUUCCAUAAGUACAUAUUUUCUAAAAAAAAAUUAUAAAUUAAUUUCCGUUUUUAUAUAUUUUGAUUGAGUCAAAUCCAACAUGAGUGUCGUUGUCGAAAAUAAUGAAAAUAUGACUGAUUUUGGAAGUGCUACCAAAAAUAAUUUUCGUCCAAGUAAAAAAGUAAUUUAUGAAGGGCUUCAUGAAAUAGAUGUUGGUAUUACGGAAUAUUCUACAUCUGUUCCCGGUAUAUCUGCUAUUCUAAAACACAGAUUAUCAGAUUUUCAAGUAAAUGAAAUUGAUUUAGAUGGAAAUGUCAUAAGGCUUAACAGCACAACUGUUCCUGAAAAAGAGGCAGAAGUUUUUGAACCUAAAGAUUUCAUUGAUUCAACGGGACUGUGUAGUUCUUACAUCAAUGAUAUUGAUGACUUAAUUGUUUCAAAAAGUACAAGACAAAUAGAAAUUUGUGUUGAUGGUUUAACCAAAGAAGAACGUACAUCAAUGCAUAAAUUUUUUUCAUCCAAAUUUGGUACUAAAAUAAGUACUAGUACCAUCAAUAAGGCCCCAAAUAAACAAUUUAUAGUUAUAAAAUUAGCUAAUCUUGUUAAAAAUGAAAGACAAUCAUGGCCAAAAAGUCGUCCUGAAUAUUUACAUUUUGCAUUACACAAAUGUAAUAUGGACACUACACAAGUUGUGAGCAUUCUGUCUAAACAAUUGAAAGUUAAAGUCAAUAUGAUCAAACAUGCUGGAACUAAAGAUAAGCGAGGAAAUACAACUCAAAUGAUGUCUAUUCGUAGAAUUGAAGCCAAUAAAUUAGUUAAAGUUAGUGCAAGAAAUGUAUGGAUUGGAAAUUAUGUGUAUAAAGAUGCUACUCUAAAAUUAGGUGACCUUAAAGGAAACAGAUUUAAUAUGGUACUUAGGAAUAUAAGUGCUAACAACAAUGAUGUUACAAAAAAUAUUGAGUUAUUAAAAACAAAUGGUUUUAUUAAUUAUUAUGGUCUACAAAGAUUUGGUAGUUCAAUGGUAUCCCCUACAUAUGUAAUUGGCAAAUCAUUAGCAUGUGGAAAUUUUGAACAAGCUAUUGAACAUGUGUUAAAACCAAGACCCAUGGAAAGCUCUUUUGAAACAGACCUAGAUCGUGCAAGAGCUGUUUGGUGGGAAACUAGAGAUCCAAAGAGUGCAAUUCAACAAUUAUCAAAAAAAAACUUCACCAUUGAAGCUAAAAUAUUGAGAUCCUUAGCAUUCAACGGACCAAAAUCUUAUGUCAAUGCUUUCCAACUGAUUCCAAGGAAUUUAGUAAUGCUGUAUCUGCAUUCAUAUCAAAGUUUAUUAUGGAACAAAAUUGUAUCUCGGAGGAUCAAAGAAUUUGGUUUAAAACCAAUCAUAGGGGAUUUAGUGCUUGUAGAAAGAGAAAUCCAUGAACAAAUAGUAGAAGUCAUGGAAGAUGAAGAAGUUGAAGUUGAGCAAGAUGAUAAAUUUCCUGAUGUCACUGCUAUUACUGAAGAAACUUUGGAAAAUUACAGUAUUUAUGAUGUAGUAUACCCUUUACCUGGUUUUAAUGUAUGUUAUCCGAAUAAUAAAAUUGGACAGUGGUAUACUGAAAUUUUAGCUGAGGAUGGCUUGACUUCAGAAAAAUUAAUGAAGAAAGAUAAACUUUUUUCACUUAAAGGUACUUAUAGAAAAUGUGUCUCAAAAGCAAGUGACAUUGUUUGGUCUAUUGUAAAUCAUAAUGACUUAAAUGAUGAUUUAUUACUGUCAGACCAUGAAAAACUAGAAGGAAAGAAACCAUUUAAAUCUGUACUUGAAGGCAAAUACAGAUCAUUAUUAAUUGAAUUUUCUCUUCAAUCAUCAAAUUAUGCAACAAUGGUUGUUAGAGAAUUGACUAAACAAGAUACAUCAUCACAUUCACAAGCUUCCUUCGCUCAAGUAUCGGAAAAACAUAAGAUAGUCGAUGAAAAUAUAAAUACAAAAAAACCAAAACUAGAUGAAUCUUAAAACAAUUAAUUAAAAUAAAAAAAACUUUAUCAAUUA